AUGAAGGAUGCCCUCCAGUCUGGUGGUGGAAUACAAGGUGUUCGAGUGGUAGCAAUGCAAACUAUCUACAGUUCAUCCAGCGACCAAAGAAAAAUCCCUAACAUCAACAAGUUAAACAACUUUCGAUUUGAUGGCGAAAGCAUAACAGCAUGGCGGUCAUAUGGUAUUUAUAUUGGAAAGGGCAAAGCAGUAGAGCCGGUGAACCCUUUGGAAGGUUAGUUUUUUAAUAAAACACGUUUAUCUAGCAGAUCAGUUCUGAUAUUGAUCCGAUAUUUAUUACAGAUUCUAACUACAAUUGGCUGGAGUCCACUUUUACUCCAGGAAGAUUUAAACGAAUUGAAAGAAAGAAACCUGGCGUUGCUGCAACAAACAAACCAGAAAACGCAGACGAAGAAGAACCAUUAGUACAAGAACAAGAAGAGGAUCAGAUCAAUACCAGUUCCGCUUCCGGGUUUUACUCCUGCCCACACGAUGGUUGCGUACGGGUCUUUCAGAGGCUUUUUGCAUUAGAGAAGCAUCUUUCCUUGGAAAAGUGCGAACAGAAACUGGAAAGGUUAUCGCUACUUGACCAUGCAAAACUUGGUUAUAAAGAAUAUUUGGAAGAGGGAGCUGGCGUCAUACCCACUCUAAAUCCAACAGUGACAGCUACAUCUUCUGCUUCCCCUAUUGUAUCUGAAGGUUGGGCCCUGAAGGCAAACAAGAAGUCAUACCGCUUCAAUGAAAAACAGAAGCAGUAUUUGCAAGCAAAAUUUAACAUCAGUCAAGAAACUGGCAGGAAAAUGGAUCCAAAUGUUGUUUCAUCACAAAUGAGAAAAGCUCUUGAUUCAUACGGGAAACGCCUCUUCAAUGUCAGUGAAUUCUUGUCGCCACAACAAAUCAUAAUGAAGUCGUAUUUCUCACGUCAUGCUGCAAAGGUCCGACAACAAUGUGAUGUUGUGUCUGAAGACAUCGUUGCAGCUGACGAAGAGGCCAAUUUCUGUUCAUUACGAGAGGCUGCAUGUUCUAACAUCCAAUUGCAGCAUCCUAUUGAGUUCAACCAGUACAAUAUUUGUAUGAUGUUUUCAGAGGAUUCGCUACAACAGUUGAAGCUUGGAUUGUUGCAAGAAAUGUGCGAAUGUCUACAGCUAGACGUACCAGAGAAACGAGUGCGACGAAAGGCACUAUAUAUAACUUUACUAAACGAAGCUGUCAGCAAUUGCUCGUGCCAGACCCAUUCCACGUGA